UGGCGCUUAAGGCGCCGCGUUGCUCUGCACGGACUUUGUCGCGCUGUGACCUGACCUGAACCGUAGGAAGAACUCAGGGGACCCAGGAGACCUAGAAAUGGACUCAGUGGCUAUUGAAGAUGUGACUGUGAACUUCACCCCAGAGGAGUGGGCUUUACUGGAUCCUUCACAGAAGAAACUCUACAGAGAUGUGAUGUGGGAAACCUGCAGGAACCUGGCCUCAGUAGAAUCACCUUUCUGGGUCUGCAUUUCAGGAAAAACAUGGGAAAGUCGUUAUAUUGAAGAUCAGUACAAAAACUGGGGGAGAAAAUUAAGAAGUAAUAUGGUAAUGAGGCUCUGUGAAAGUGAAGAGGGCAGUCAAAGUGGAGAAAACUUCAGCCUUAUUCCAAAUCUCAAUCUGGACAAGAAAAUUGCAGGAGGAAAAGCAUGUGAAUGCAGUUCAUGUGGAAAAGGCUUCAUGCAUCAUUCAUCCCUUAAUAGACAUGUUAGAUGUCAUACUGAACACAAACCAUAUGACCCUCAAAAACAUGGAGAGAUGCCGUAUAAAUCUAAGAAAUGUGAGAAAGCCUUCACUUUUCCCAGUUUUGUUCAAAUACAUGAAAGAACUCACCACACUCAAGAGAAACUCUGUGAAUCUAAAAAUUGCAGUAAAGCAUUCAUUUCUCCCAGUUUACUUAAAAAAUAUAAAAGAAUUCAUACUGGAAAGAAACCCUUUGAAUGUAAAAUAUGUGGUAAAGCCUUCAGAUUUCCCAGUGAUGUUCGAGUACAUGAAAGGACUCAUACUGGAGAGAAACCUUAUGAAUGUAAAAUAUGUGGUAAAGCCUUCAGUUUUUCCUUUAGUGUUCAAGUACAUCAAAGAAUUCAUACUGGAGAGAAGCCCUAUAAAUGUAAGGAAUGUGGGAAAGCCUUUAUAACUCCCACAAGCCUUCGAGCACACAUGAUCUCUCACACUGGAGAUGGACCUUAUAAAUGUAAGGAAUGUGAGAAAUCAUUCAUUUCUCCCAGUAUAUUUCGAAUACAUGAAAGAACUCAUACUGGAGAGAAACCCUAUGAAUGUAAAGAAUGCAAUAAAGCCUUCAGUUGUACCAGUUCUCUUCGAAAACAUGAGAGAACUCAUACUGGAGCAAAACCUUAUGAAUGUAAAAUAUGUGGUAAAGCCUUCAGUUUUUCCAGUAAUUUUCAUGUGCAUGAAAGAACUCACACUGGAGAGAAACCUUUUGAAUGUAAAAAGUGUAAUAAAACAUUCAUUUCUCCCAGCUUACUUCAAAAACAUGAAAGAAUUCAUACUGGAGAGAAACCAUUUGAAUGUAAAAUAUGUGGAAAAGCCUUCAGGUUUUCCAAUUCUCUUCAAAUACAUGAAAGAACUCACACUGGAGAGAAACCCUAUGAAUGCAAAAAAUGCAGUAAAGCCUUCACUUCUUCCAGUUCUCUUCAAAACCAUGAAAGAACUCAUACUGGAGAGAAACCUUAUGAAUGUAAGAAAUGUAGUAAAGCAUUCACUUCUUCCAGUUCUCUUCGAGUACAUGAAAGAAAUCACACUGGAGAGAAACCCUAUGAAUGCAAAAAAUGCAGUAAAGCAUUCACUUCUUCCAGUUCUCUUCAAAUACAUGAAAGAAGUCACACUGGAGAGAAACCUUAUGAAUGUAAAGAAUGUGGUAAAGCCUUCAGUUGUACCAGUUCUCUUCGAAAACAUGAAAGAACUCACACUGGAGUGAAACCCUAUGAAUGUAAGAUAUGUGGUAAAGCCUUCAGUUUUUCUAGUAAUGUUCAUGUACAUGAAAGAACUCACACUGUAGAGAAACCUUAUGAAUGUAAAAAAUGCUGUAAAGCAUUCACUUCUUCCAAUUCUCUUCAAAUACAUGAAAGAACUCAUACUGGAGAGAAACCCUAUGAAUGUAAGAUAUGUGGUAAAGCAUUCAGAUUUUCCAGUAAUGUUCAAGUACAUGAAAGAACUCACACUGGAGAGAAACCAUAUGAAUGUAAAGAAUGCAGUAAAGCCUUCAGUUGUACUAGUUCUCUUCGAAAGCAUGAGAGAACUCAUACUGGAGGGAAACUCUAUGAAUGUAAAAAAAGGCAAUAAAGCAUGUAGUGUCCCCACUUCACUUCCAUGACAUGAAAGAAGUCACACUGGAGAGACAUGCUGUGAAUACCAGUAAAAUGGAAAUGCCUUUAUUUAUCAUGAAAACUUCCAGGGCUAUUCAAGAAUGCACACUAGAGGAAAAACCAAGUCAAUGUAAAGAAUGUCAGAAAGACUUUUGUCUUCCAGUUCUUUCUGAAGGCAUGAAAGGACUGACCUGAUAAAAAUUUCUUGAAAGUACACGGCAUGGGAAAGACCUCAAUUGGCCUACAUGCUUCUAUGUUACACUCUCACCAAAAAGAAAUAUAAAUGUAAGUAACAAGAGAAAGCUUCAUGGAAAUUAACUUGUAUAUAAUGUUCUAGAAAACUUUCAAUAUGAAAGAGUUCCUGUAAGUUUGUAAAUACUUUGUUUACCAAGCAUUUUUCUUAAAGUGCAACAUUGUAGUGUGGAUUUCUCUUAAUUAACUUCCUGAAAUGAAUAUUGAGGUGAGAUAAUUCUGCAAGUCAUCCUUCGUCAAUACUACAUAAGGCUUAAUAGGUGGUGCUUUUUUCUUAGAUCACCUAGUAAUAUUUUCUCUUUAAUUUUUGUAUAAUGUUUUAAUUGUUCUAUGUUCAGAGGCCAUUGAAAAAUGACAGUUUGGUGUUGUCGGGAUUCUUUUACUGGCCUUGUAUUACAGAUCCUGCAUAUGCCUGAUCCAUUGUAUGUAUUGUGCCUUUUUUAGAGACCAGUUCUUUUUUGGGAUGUUAGGUAUAGGAACCUAUUUUUAUUUUCCAUACUGUUGAUUAGUUGGAAUAAAUUUUUGUGUGUGGCAAUUUUCAAAG